ACCUUUUCUAUGUUUAUUUGGUAUCGUGCCAUUUGUUAAAUGAAAUGUAUCUUUCAAAGAAGGCAUAUUCCGUCAGAGACAAAAAUGUCUUGCCAAUUUCAUCGCGAGCCAAGAACCGCUCAUCAUAAUCCUGAUACAUAAGCACUGAUGUCUCGCUUAGGAGCAUGGCCGCCUCUCCUGAACUAUUUCUAGACGAGACCCAUCCGGCCCUAUUCUGCGCUUUGUGCGGUAGAAGGACGCACGUUGGACGAUGAUGCUGCUUCUCCCACAAGCCGAGAGUUCCGUUUCGUGGCCGACUGUCUUUUAAAUUAUAACACAUGAUGGACUUGUUUUUGAUAGCCAACGAAAUCUGAUACAGCGGUGAAAUUGUAUGUACCGGUACCGUAUCUGAUACAGUACACACACACAACGACCGCUUGUAGACAAUUCACCCAUUCACGUCCAGGCAGCCAAGACGAUCAGCAGCCAAGCUUCAGUGACUUUUCAAUCCCUGCACGGGGCUUUCCAGGAGCGGCUUAAUUAAGCCUUCUGAUGGGUUCUAGCCCCCGUCACCUGCUGAGGUAAUGGGGCCAAGAGCAGCCAAGGGACAAGCCUCGCAUUGGGCCUGGGGAUCUCAGCCAGACAGAGCCAAGCCCAGCUUGAAAUAAGCUCGGGAGGGAUAAUUGGCUUCCUGAUAUGCUUACUGUUUGCCGCAUUGCCGCAUGCAAAUAAGGGUAUCAGUACUUGGGUGGCUUUCAGAGGAUCCGCGGUGGUGGGAACCGGAACCGUCACUGUCUGUCCUGUCUAUGACUGCUGUAGUUUUGCUUGGACGGCUGAUAAAGAGUGCCACUGACAGAGCAUUGCAUUGCAUUGCAUUGCAGCAUUGGUAUUGCGAUAUUUGCAUUCUGGCCGAGUUAUUGUUGGUUGGCGCAAGGAAUGAUUAUAGUAGUAUUUAUGGUUAUUCUUAGUGGUGCUUGGCAUUUGCCUCUGUGAGACUUUUUUUUCUUCUUUUUCAUUUACAACUACGGAGUACUACAGGCCAUACCCAAGGCAGGUCCCUCCACUGGAACCUUAGUUUCACUCAACACCAUCGGCAUUGAUCUCACGAGGCUUUACUCUUCCACUUGGUUUAAUUUAAAUGUUGAACAGAGUUUUGACUCAUGAACUAUCGUCGCCUCGACUCGAAUCAUUUGCCAGAUGUUUCAGAGCAAGCUUCUCCCCUCCGGCCAACAAAUCACGAUAGGAUCCCCUCAAUGGCAGUGUAAAUUAUUCAUUAUAUAACUUCCUCAUCUCGAGCCGUCUAUCCGAGUGAUUGCGUUUCCCUUGCACCUUCCCCCCGACUCGCUUCUCGAUAGUUCGAAACUCUAAGGCUCCAUCUCGUAUCGAUAACGAAAAAGGCCUCACCUGCACCAACUCGGAUACAUGGCAAAGGGUUCAGCUCUAAUUAUACCUAUCAAGUAUGUCCCCGCCCGUAUCACGAUACCUUGGACUCUCAGAAACAGCGAAACAAUCAAGCCGGCCAGACGGGCGCACCGAAACGUCGCCGACGCACAUUAGAAUCGCCUGGGAGCGCCUCCCCCACGACUAUACUCUAUCUCCCGCUACUGGUAGAUUCAGCUAGUCGUUCGAGGUUCCAGACUCUCUGCUAUCAACGCCAGCGUGUGACGGACUUUUAUCAUAGAGAACAACAGUACUGUACAGUUCUCUCUGAUAACCUUGACUUGACAUUCCACUCCAACAUUACAUGCUCGCUCGCUUCUUGUAGCAAAUCAUCGGUUUCACCAACUCGACGAUAAACGCAGCAAGCCGUGGCUCUCGAGUAACUACAGACUCCUUGAUAGCUGUGUCUUGGCUCGAGUUGAAUCAAGUCAAGUCGAGCACCUGCGAGAUUGCUUGGCCCAUCUUACUACAUCCGACGAGUUCAUGAUGCACAUCGCCAAGCGGCAAAUACUCAAUCUAAGGGAAAUUUUAGUCGAGUGGAUCAUCCACUUAAUCGGCUCCGACGGCACUCCCGCCAGGGAGUCGAGCCUCAAACCCCUGGGAUGUGGGCUUGGAGUGUGUCACUGUACCGUUGCGUUGUGGUUUCCCUUACGACCUUGUUUUGGGGAUUAUAUAUGAUCACCGGUGUGCAACUCAUAUCUUGAUUCUAUCCCCUUGCAACCUUUUCUCUCUUCACAACUCUACUACUCUACCAAGAUACUUGACACCUGCACUCAGACAUCAUCUAUCUACUGCUUCACGCAUAUACUUUACAGGUACAAGACUAACAAACCUACUUAGCCUUGUCACCUUACCAAGACCAAACAAACACUUUCAUAAGCCCCAACGCUCUCAGGAACGCCAAGAAAGCGAAGGACGAGCCCACUUCCACAGGUGGAUACGUGGACAAAAUUCCGCUCAACCCUCAGCCCUUGUGGAGUCACCUUCGCACAUUCAGCUUUCACACGCCCACGCCCUGGCUCGAUCUGAUCUAGUGGGGUGCCGCGUACAAACAAGCCAGAGCUUGCUUGGUUCUCACAAGGCCCUUAUUUAUAAAGACGCUGAGAACCUACCCAGGACACUGGAUCUGGAUCCAUCACCCCCAAAAGUUCUUUUUAACCUCCCCGCCCUUGUGCGGAAUAUCUCUUUCACAUAACAUCACAUCACGUUACACACCUUCACAAUGGAAACGUACCACGGAUAUGUGCGGACACCCGCCGAUGCUAUCAGAUUAUUCGAGGCUUGCCGAUUAGGUAUUCUGCCCCGUGUGCAACGACGACUUUCAGAGAAGGAGAGACAGUCAAUUCGAUCUGGUUCGGUUUUUGUUUGGGAUGAGCGGGAAGCUGGUAUGAGGAGAUGGACUGAUGGAAAGUCAUGGAGCGCCAGCCGAGUGUCGGGAAGCUUCCUGACAUACCGUGAGAUGGAGGGCAAGCGAGGUGGUGGUUUCAACACUACCCGACGAGGUGGUGGAAAGACCCCAGACUCUGGACGCGGUAGCGACGAGGACCUAGAUGACGGGGAGCCUGAGGGAUACCGAUACAAGGCGGACGGUUUGAUGAAGCAAUCUUUUAGCAUCACUACUUCAACCGGCCAGCAUCUUCACCUUAUCUCAUACUAUUCUCGCCCUCAACCUGGCCAGCCUGAGCUUCAACAACCAACAAACGAUCCCAGCUUGCGCGGCAUAGUGCCUGUUAAGGGCAUGUAUCCUGAGUCUAGUAUGGGAGAGGCGAACACUACGCCUGCUCUAACACGGGCGCCAAUGCAGCAGCCUCCCUACAUGGUUCCCCAGCAUGGUCAACAACCAUACGCUCCAUAUGGCCAGCCUGGUUAUGGAUGGCCUCCUUCUCCCGUCGCUACUCCUCCUUACAGCCAUUACGCCGCUCCUUAUUCCCACAGUGUUCCUCAACAGCUCCCCCCUCACCCCGGCCACCCAGGUCUUCCUCACCCACACUACCACCAUCAGGCACCUGUUUACGAGCAGCGUGCUCCUCUUCCUCCUCUGCCCACCAAGCCCACCUACCAAUCAACAUCUCCUCACUACUCACACCCUACUCUCCCUAGAGCCCACGACUCGCCUCGAGAGCAUCAUUUGCAGGCAGCUGCUCCAGCCGCCAUGGUGAAUGGACCUUCUCGCACGCAUCAGGUUGCGCUCCCAGGUCUUGGUGCUGUCACAAAUGGCCCUCCAGGAUCGUCUCUCGCUGCCAUCAGCACUCCCCCUAGCCGCACUAUGAGCGUCAGCCCUCCACGCAGCUCUCAUUCCGAAGCUCCUGCCACCACAUCCAACAAGGCCAGUCUCUCAGCGCUUCUGCACCCUACUCCCGCACCUAGUGAAAGCGGCAGCGUCAAGCCUGGCAGCGCCAGUAGCAGCCCUAGAGCGGCUGGUGCCUGUGGUCUAGAGAAGGGCGGUGUCAGUGAGGACGCGAGAGUCUUGAAAAUGCUGGACCGCAAAUUUUGCCUCUAAAAACGCGAGGAAGCCGUUUUCAGGGACGUUGAAGAGGACUGGAGGCCAAAACCAGCCUAGUUAGAGGCUAUCAUGCCAAGGGGUUGCGUUUAUCCAUCAUAUGCAUUGUCACGGCGUCUUCAUUUUUUACGGGGCAGCAACCAAAGGGGGUUGACUGCGAUCAUUCAGCGUGCUUUUUUACGACCGGUAAAGGAAGAGAAGAGGUAUGAACGGGACGGUGUUUAGGGGUCAUACAAGGCAGAGCCAUGGUUCAGUGGUGUUUGGGUGCCAUUGCAAUACCAAAUCAUGUACAUAGUUGCUGAACAAUGUCAGAAGCAGCAUAUUGACCAAACUUGACCAUCAUCAUCAUUUUACCUGAUUCAUCGUGUCUGUAUGUCUGAGUGACCCAGGGCGAGAUGCCAGGCCGGCUGACGAAGCUGGUUGUACGUACGCGUUCAGUGUAAGUCAGGGGCGGCACAACGGCACGACGAGGUAGAAUUUACAGUAGAUUUAAGGUUGUCAGUUGGAGGAUAGCGUCUGCAUUCCCGUUUAUCCGUGUCUUUAGCUAUUUGGCGGCGCGUAGUGCAGGGCCGCGUCAUCCUGACGAUGCCGAGAUGCCGGGCAGGGUGUGGUACAGAUCGUAAAGAACGCGUAAGGGAGAAACUGGGGAAGAAGAGGGAAACGAUGCUGCUAAGCCAAAAUAAUAGAGGGUCUCGGAUAGUUCCAGGCAAUCCUUAAUUUUAUCUCGAAGCCUGGAAUUGGGGUUUGCGUAUAAGCGCUGUAGGGGUGCGAUGGAAAUAGGCGGCAAUUUAGAGGCCUGGAGGCUGGAGGGGUGGCGAGAGGAUGAAGCUAUUGACGAUAGUUGACAGUGCUAUUUACGGACGAAAGACAUGUCUUUUAAAUUGGCUCGAAUUGGGCUCGUGAGAUUGG